AAAGAACUAAUUCCUGCAAGAAUUGCUGCACGACCCCGCUGCUCUGAAGCUUUGCUCUGAUCAUUUCAAAAGGCCAGUUUAUUUCUUCCUUGGUCUACUUGUGAUCCGAGAGUUCUUCAGCUGGAGGAGUUUAAUUGGCACUUUGAAGAACUACAGCCUGUGUAACAAGCACACACACUUACAUCACACAGCCAGAACCGGGACCGUCGUCGCGUUUCCUGACAAUCAUGCUGUUAAUCCCGGGGCGAGGGACGCGGAACAUCAAGGCGGCUUGCUGUCUACUGCUCUACUUUGGAGCCUAUCCUGAGUAAAAAAACCGUAAGUAGUACCCGUCCGCGCAGGUGUUAUCUUUUCUCACAAAAUUUGAUCCAAAUUUUGGCGCAGGAGAAAUUUGUAGAUACACGAACAGGGCGGGAGUUAUGUUUGAAAGGUUGAAAAGAUUAAAUGCUCUGUGCUUUCUUGAUUUGGAUCUUUUCCAGGAGAAAAACAUUGUUUUUCCAGAAGCUGCGGGUACAUUGUUUUUACACAGGAUAUAAUUACGAUUGGCGCGCCCGCUGCUGUUGAAGCUGUCGCAUGGAAGUUCCUGGCUGCGCGGAUGAACGACACCACGUCAGUUGGGAUUGACGCGGAAGCUGUUGUACCGAGCUCAGCGGUCAUCCCCUUCCGGGGCGGCGGGGGUGGAUUUUCAUUUUUCGAAUUUUCCUCGACGGCGCAGGUCGUCAAGGAUGUCCCACCUGCUGCUGCUCGACUUGCGUCGGACUUGGGAACGAAUCUGAACAACGCAAGGCUGUCCCACCUGCAGUUGCUUACGAAUCUGAACAACGAGCUUGCUGUCCAGUUCGGGAAGUUACAAAACAUGUUUCGAAACGAAAACGAACGGAAGAAGCUGUUUCCGUGGUGGACCUCGACCGGCGCAGAGGUCGUGAGACAUCACACAGAAGAACGUUCGACCUCCGCUACCGGGAGCGGGAGACAGGGUGGUGAGCUCACGCACGCACAGUUGUUGCUGGAAAAAAUGAAACCGAAGCUCGUUGUGCAGGACUGGGGGGGGGUCUCUCAAAGCACGGUGAAUGGAGAGACGGUCCCGACGAAUGAACCAGAGCCUGGAGAGACCGUGGAUCUGGAGACCUUUGAUGGUGGAUAUGACCUCGUGCCGCGCCCGCAAGCUAUCACACAGGAAAAAAGUAGCAUAUCAGACCGCAUGAGCAAUUUAAUAUGUAGUGAGGUCACCGAACGGUUCUAACCAGGUAGUUUUUUUGACAGCCAGACAGCAAAACGGCCGUCAGUUUUCAAGCGGCCGGAAGCGUUUUUUGACAUAAAAAAUUUCCAAUUAUCAAGCGGGCGGGGCUUUGAAGUCAAACAAGCCCGGUCGAAAACUAUCGAUUCGCACUUGAUAAAACGACGCAGGGGAGCCGGCAAAAGGGGCGCCCUUCUGAGGCGCCCACCGCCUUGGUUUCUGGCGGUUUGGGCCGCCAAAAAAGGGGCGCGGAAAAAACUCGCCCAAAAUCAGAACAGCGAAACAGCAUGGCACGGCCGCGAUUUCGGAGCAUUUUGGGCGGCCGCGAAAGCGGCCGCCUUUUCGCCGGUUUCAGAGCCUGGGAAGCUUUACAAAAAGCGCCGGAGGGAAAGAUAAAAACGCGAAAAAGAAAAAGCGCCCCGGACGCGCAAAGCCAAUCCGCAUGCUAUGGGCCCGAUUUUUCUUCGCUUUUUGGGCGCCCCCCGUGGCGCCCGGAUCGGCUCCAUAGCAUGGGGGCUAGCUUUCGGAAAGGAAUUUCGGAGAUUUGCCAAAAGCUGCGACGUUUAUCGAGCGGCCGCCAUACCGUGCGGCCUAACGUUACUCACGGCGGUAUGGCGAGCCCAGAAAAAGCAAGGCCGCGGCCAAGGCGAUGGCCGGCAAGAAAACGCCCACGACCCCACUACCUCCGCCCCGGCGGCUAUAUUUGGUAUAGUGGUACUUUAUACACUUACACAUUUAGAUUUAUUCUACAGUUAGAGUGACAGACAGCACACGUACAAGUACUUGUCUUGGGCCGUGUUGUUUGGCUUUAUAAUCAUAUGCGAGAGGGAGAGAGCUCAUUUUUUGUGUACUGGUGGGUCCUAUGCUAGCUUUUUCGUUUUUCUCGGGGAUGUCAAGCACGACGGCGGGUUCUGGGAGUUAUGGCAAGGUUUCGUUCUACAAGAACAAGCGAACAGGCCGUGAGUACGCCAUGAAAUGCCAAAGCGUGCCAUUCCGUGAUGCCUCGGAAAAGAAAGUUGAAGACUGGGCUUCCGAAAUUUUUGUGCACACUUUCCUGACGCAGUUCGAAAUAGCACGUAUGCCCGAUGUUUUCGAUUGGGAAAGACAAGACGCACCACCGGCCGACAUUGACGUCGGUGCGGGACCAAGACAAGUAUCAAAGAGAAAAAGAUUGUCGGUGUAACUUUCUUGGAGGACCAGCACUACAUACAAAUCUGUCUGGCAUGAAAGCAAGAUGAACUUGUCUUGCGCAGAUAGUACCUGAAAACGCGCUUGAGUGGAAGUGGAUCCUGCAAUGCGUGCCCCGCAUGACAGACGCAAUCACCUUGCAUGUUGUGCAUCACAAAGUCACACUGACAAUGUUUGUUAUAUUCGAUAACGAGCAGCGGCAAUCAAUCACUGCGUGCCUCACCUGAAAUUUGUCCUUCUUGGCCGCUUGCCUAGCGGAGGGAAUAUUCACUGCAAAUAUGAUGUCUGA